AUGAACAACGACGACAACAGCGACUACUGGGCGUAUAUCGCAGGCAUAAGAGAUCUGGGCGUGGGCGGGAGCACAUCCACUCACCCGACCCAACACAUCACCCAGAGCAGCACCAGUAAACAAGAUAACUCUGAAAGCGAUGCUUCUGGUGAAGAUGACGUUGAAUUGGAUUUGGAUUUAGAUUUAGAUUAUACGCGUGUGACCCAGCAGCCAGCUCACUUGGCUCAUCCACAUCAUCCACCCACCCAAAUGAGCCACAACGACGUAGAAUCGCGCAACCAGCGUGAAAGUCGCAUCAGAAGCGAUCUCACCACCGCCAGUGCCUCUUACAUAAACGAAACGCUCAACCAGCGCACCAAACGCGACAAACAGGGCUCGAAUCCGAAACGCGAUGCAGGUAGUUCGGGCGACGCGGAUAACGGAGUUGAUAACGCAGGUAACAACAGAAAUACUAGCACAAACAGUGGACACAGUCUACGCUGUGCUUAUUGCUUGGGCGACUACGCGUAUAAUAACAAGACGCAGAGACAAGAAGCUAUGGUGACAUGUGCACGCUGUGCGAGUAGUGCUCACCCUACCUGUUUGCACUUCACACCUACCCUCACACAAAACGCUCAGGCAUACGACUGGUGUUGCGUCGAUUGCAAAGGGUGCGAGGUUUGCAGACAUAAAGGAAACGAGGAUGAUAUCAUCUUCUGCGACUUAUGCGAUCGUGGUUGGCACAUGCAUUGCUUGAGUCCUGCCAUCACUCAACCCCCACCGGGUGAUUUUGCCUGUCCUGUGUGUAGAGGUGUGUCUUAUCAGCAGCGGGUUGAGGAAGAGGAAGAUAAAAGGAGAGAGGAAGAGAAGGAGAAGGAUAAAGAGAAAGAGACAUUGAUAGCACAGUCUACUUCCCCUACAAACACCAAUCACACAACGAAACAUACCACUACAAACCCAAGUCUCCCACACCACACCUCACAAUCACCUCUAGCUCUACAACUCCAAAUGCAGCUGCAGAAUCCAACGCUCGCCCCAACUUUCCAACCUCCGCCGCCAAUGCACGACAACCAACCAACACCGCGACAAUCAGCAACCAUCCUCAACGCUAGUAAAGCAAUGCUGAUGGGAAGACAGACACUGCCGCACUCACUUCUCCCUCAAACGCCCGAUUUAAGCACUGUGGUUCCCACUGAGACACCACUCAAAAGAGGCAGAGGUAGACCACCAAAGAAAGUGCAGGAUGGCCCAUUAGGUACUCCUCACUUAUUCAAGGAUAAGCCUGAUAAACCUAAAAAUCCGGUUGGGAGGCCACCAGGACCGAGAGCGUCACUAAGUGCUCCCAAGAGAAUAAACACUUUUGUCGUUAUCGAUAAUGAUGAAGAUAAGCUUGUGGAGAAGGAAAAGAAAGAGAGGGAUGAGAGAGAGGAGAAGGAGAAGGAGGAGAAAAUUGAUAUGGGAAAAAAGAAACAUGCUGAGAAUAUGCAGGUGGAUGGCCAACCACAUAAGCAAGAACAUCGACAAUCACCUUAUCCAGAGACUCGGGACGACUCAGGGCAGCAGCCGAUGGAGGGUGUGGAUACUGCUGAGAGUGCUGCUCCAUCUGCACCUGUUGAACAGUCUUAUAGGGAAAUGCAGCAACUCCAGCAAAUCUCCCAAAAAACCCUCCAACAACCUCCUCAUCCACACCAUAUUAACAGUGAAGACAAGGAGAAUGAGCACGACACAGAGGAUAAUGACCCAUUUGGUGGUGUGCUCAAACCCGAUGAAGCCCAAGUGCUACAUACGACCCCACAUGCGGAAGAGAAGAACAAAUUUGAAAUUACACGCAGAAGAGCUGAGAUCGAACUGCAGCAGAAAGCAAAACGACCAGCCCAAGUACUACAAACAGUGCCAUCAACCUCACACACGGACGAGCACAAGUCAAAAUCGCAGCCCAUCAAAUCGCUCCUCUUUGGCGACUACGAGAUACAAACUUGGUACGCCGCUCCGUAUCCUGAAGAAUACACCAAUCUACCCAACGGCAGAAUGUAUCUGUGCGAGUGGUGCUUGAGUUAUCGUAAAUCUGAAUUUCAAAUGAAGAGGCACCAUCGCAAGUGCAAAUACCACUCUCCACCAGGCGAUGAAAUAUACCGGAGUGGAAAUGUAAAGAUAUUUGAAGUUGAUGGUCGCAAGAAUAGAAUAUACUGUCAGAAUCUCUGUCUCCUCGCAAAGAUGUUCCUUGAUCACAAGACGCUUUAUUACGACGUAGAGCCUUUCCUCUUCUACGUAAUCACUCAGCAUACACCGCUAGGGGAGGAAUUUGUUGGAUAUUUCAGCAAAGAGAAACGCUCGGGUAUGGGAUACAACCUAAGUUGCAUCAUGACGCUCCCUAUUCGACAAAGGAAGGGAUGGGGCAUGUUUGCGAUAGAUUUCAGCUAUCUGUUAUCGCGCAAGGAGGACAAGAUCGGUACACCCGAACGACCACUGUCGAAACUUGGUUUGCUGUCGUAUAAGAGAUACUGGACGACGGCUAUUUACAAGGCUUUGCUUAAUACACCCGAACCACACACUCUAGGACAAUUGAGUGAUGUUACAGGAAUGACAAUUCCAGAUGUUACUUACACCCUCCGACUCAAUCAUCUCAUUCAUGGCGUCAACACGGGCGAUGGGGAAAAUCACUACGUCAACGAAUCUAACACUUACAGAACUCGAACGAAUAAGCCAGUGCUUGAGGAACACCCAGAAAGAGUGAAGAAUGACGACCCUACUAGUGUGCCAGUACCGCCACCAAAUAGUUACAGAAUUAGCUUUAAUAGAAAUACACUGGAAGCUUACCUAGCAAAAGAUGCUAUAAAGGGUUAUGUUAGACUUGAUAAGGAUCAGCUGAGGUGGCAGCCAUUCAUUACUCAUCAUACACAAUUGUUCAAAUCUGAUGACAAGGAGAAGAAGGUUGAUGAGGAAGGGAAAAAGGAGAGUAGUGAUAAUGUAGAACAGCGUAUAGCGCAACAAACAGACCAGCAAAUAGAAGAGCAUAAUGACGAACCAUCUUCACAGCAGACACAACCCCCACAAGAUACCCCAAUGACAUGCUAA